AUGUUGACGAUUACGGACAUAACACUCGAGAAAGCUAUUGAUUUGUGCAGAGCUGAAGAAAUUGCUGCCAAAAGGGCACACGAGCUUGGAAUCCCAGAAGUGAAUAAAGUGACAAAAGUAAGAAGUUCGUCUAAUCAGAGGCUACUACGUUGCAAAUUCUGCGGUGAUACACACGAGUUUGCUAAAGGUGUCUGUCCUGCCUUGGGCAAACGGUGCCACAAAUGCAAGGGUAAGAACCAUUUUGAGAAGGUCUGCAAGUUUUCCGAAAGAUCGAAGAGUCGUAAAACAAGAAGAGUUAAAGAAGUGAAAGAAGAUUACAGUGAUACGGAUUCUGAUGGUGACUCAGCUAGUGAAGCAUCGCCGGAAGCAUCCGAAGAAGAGUGCGAGAUCGGGAAAAUUUUCGACAACUCGGGAAACGGAGGAAGCGUUGUGGCAGAAGUGAACUUGAAGUUUAACGAAUCGUGGAAGAAAAUAAAAUGUGAAUUAGAUACCGGCGCGAAUACGAGUCUCAUUGGACAUGCUACUCUGGCAAAGCUCACGGGAGUUCCGGAACCGCAAAUGCUACCGUCAAAGUUCCGUCUUCAAAGUUUCGGCGGUAAUCCAAUCAACGUGCUCGGACAAGUAAAAGUGCCAUGUCGCCGUCAAGGUAAGAAGUUUAUCCUUGUACUUCAAGUAGUUGACGUAGAUCAUUGUCCGCUCUUGUCGGCAAAAGCGUCACGUGAACUUGGUCUCGUGAAGUUUUGUAACGAGGUGACAUUUGGAAAGCAUAACGCAGUCAAACGGAAUGCGGAAUCAGAAAAGCUAUUCAACAUAUAUCGAGUUGAGGCACAAAAAAUCGUCGAACGUCACGAGGAACUAUUCCGUGGUUAUGGCACACUACUAGGAACGGUAAGUUUGGAGCUUGAUCAUACCGUUAAACCCUCGAUACAAUCACCACGUUGGGUCCCUAUCGCACUUAGAGACAAGUUGAAACUUGAACUGGAAUCGCUUGAGAAGGAUGGUAUAAUCACGAAGGAAACAAAUCAUACCGAUUGGAUCAGCAACAUAGUCAUAGUUCAACGAGGCGGAUCAAAGGCAGGGAUCAGAAUUUGUCUGGAUCCAAUUCAUCUCAACAAGGCGCUUAUGAGACCUAAUCUUCAGUUCGUUACUCUGGACGAGAUAUUGCCGGAAUUGGGCAAGGCGAAGGUUUUUUCCACAAUGGAUACUCGAAAAGGAUUUUGGCACGUAGUGUUAGACGAAAAAAGCAGCAAGUUAACCACAUUCUGGACUCCGUUUGGUCGAUACCGAUGGACGCGUUUACCAUUUGGCAUUGCAUCAGCUCCGGAAAUCUUCCAAAUUAAACUACAGGAAGCAAUCGAGGGAUUGGAAGGUGUAGAGUGUAUCGCGGAUGAUUUGCUAUUGUUCGGAGUUGGAAAUUCCAUCGAAGAGGCACUAGCAAACCACAAUGCUUGCCUGAAAAAUUGCUUUGUCGUUUGGAACAACAUAACAUCAAACUCAACAAAUCCAAACUGA